GGUAUAUUUGUUCAAGGGCUUGAGCUACUGACCUGUUGCCAGACUCGAAGUGGUCCCAGGGAAGUUGCACGUGUGGACUUCCAAGAAGAUUCUGAUGAAGAUGAGAUCCUCAGUUCUCCCGGGGGAGGGGGGAGGGCCUCACUCUUUCCUCUUCUUAAUGAAACUAGAGAAGUGCCUUCUUCUUCAACAUCAGGACUGCAGGACAGCCUAGGAUGAGGCCUUUUCAGACAAGCUGGAACCUCAGCGCGCAGUCACCGUAGAGAAGGUCCACACCACCCCUUCUAUACCUCAUUGGCCUGACCCAUGCCCUCUCCGUGCAGUAACACACUUGCCCUGAAGUGCCUUCAGAGGCAACCCCAAACCUGCCCCUACGAAGGUGAAGGAGAGGCAGGAGUCUUGAUCAACAGGUGAAGUCCUGGUUGAUGGUGGAGUGUGUGAGAAGAUGGCAAUUUAGAGUUUGGGAUCCAGAGGGGGACAAUCUUUUCUAUCUAAUGACAGGCAGGAGCAGGGACCAGUAGGCACUCGGAGCUCCAGAUGAGAAUGGAUGUGCAUCCCUUGCUCUUUCUUACUUUGCAGGGUGGAGGGAAGGAGAAGAGGGGGAGGCUUAGUCAAGCCCAGGAGUGGUGGCCAGAAUGGGACAGCCAUCUCUAGACAGGGACAUCUCCUGUCACCUAGAAUAAACUUGAUUGAAAAGCGAUUCCUUCUGGAGCUUUGUGAAUUCCUGCUAAUCCCAGAGGGUUGGGAUGCAUGAACUUCUCUAUCUAGUCUCCUCAGCGUGGGUCAAAAAACUACAAGCUCUGAUGGCUGCUGCAAUGUUUGGCCAAACUAAAAUCCCCAGAGGAAAUGGAUCUUAUUCCGUCGGUUGUACAGACUUGAUGUUUGAUUACACGAAUAAGGGCACCUUCUUGCGUUUGUAUUAUCCAUCCCAAGAUCAUGAUCACUGUGACACCCUUUGGAUCCCAAACAAAGAAUAUUUUUUUGGUCUUAGUAGAUUUCUUGGAACACACUGGCUUAUGGGCAAAAUUUUGAGCUUAUUUUUUGGUUCAAUGACAACUCCUGCAGCCUGGAAUUCCCCUCUGAGGACUGGGGAGAAAUAUCCACUAGUUAUUUUUUCUCAUGGUCUUGGAGCAUUCAGGACAAUUUAUUCUGCUAUUGGUAUUGACCUGGCAUCUCACGGGUUUAUAGUUGCUGCCAUAGAACACAGAGAUGGCUCUGCAUCUGCGACUUACUAUUUCAAGGACCAGUCUGCUGCAGAAAUAGGAAACCAGACUUGGCUUUAUCUUAGAACCCUAAAACGAGGGGAGGAGUUUCCUCUACGAAACGAGCAGGUACUGCAACGAGCAAAGGAGUGUUCUCAAGCUCUCGAUUUGAUUCUGGACAUUGAUCGCGGGAGACCAGAGAAGAAUGUAUUAGAUUUAGAGUUUGAUGUGGAACAGAUGAAGGACUCUAUCGAUAGGGAUAAAAUAGCGGUUAUUGGACAUUCUUUUGGUGGAGCCACAGUUAUUCAGAGUCUUAGUGAAGACCAGAGAUUCAGGUGCGGUGUCGCCCUGGAUGCAUGGAUGUUUCCAGUGGGUGAUGAAGUAUAUUCCAGAAUUCCUCAGCCCCUCUUUUUUAUCAACUCGGAACGAUUCCAAUACCCUUCUAAUAUUAUAAAAAUGAAAAAAUGCUACUUACCUGAUAGAGAAAGAAAAAUGAUUACAAUCAGGGGUUCAGUCCAUCAGAAUUUUGUUGACUUCACGUUUGCAACUGGCAAAAUAAUUGGCUACAUAUUCACACUGAAAGGAGAAAUAGAUUCAAACGUAGCCAUGAGUCUUAGCAACAAAGCUUCGUUAGCAUUCUUGCAAAAGCAUUUAGGACUUCAGAAAGAUUUUGAUCAGUGGGAUUCUUUAAUUGAAGGGGAAGAUGACAAUCUUAUUCCAGGAACCAACAUUGACACAACCAACCACCAUGCCACCCUGCAGAACUCUACAGGAAUAGAGAAGCCGAAUUCAGAUUAAAAGAGCUUUUUAAAAAGUCUUGUUUAAAAACUGUCUGUGUGUGUGUGUAUGAUUUUAAUGUAUUUUCUCAAAUAACUCAUAUUUGAAAAUGUAGGCUGUACCACAAUAGUGAUUGAAGCUUGGAUUAAGAUUUUUUUUCCUUUAAAUGUAAAGAAAGACUGCUACAUAUAAAAAUCAUACCAGCCUAAAUUUUAGUUUUACUAAAGUGAUCCUUUCUCGGUGUCACAAUAAAAAACUGAUUUUACAUUACUUUAAUGGACAAGUAUAUUAAAACAGGCAUCAUGCCAUUGAAAAUGUGUUACAAUGACCUAACACUCCCUAAAAACAUAAUAAAAACAGAUUUUCUUGCCUCUUU